AUGGCUUUCAUCUUCAAAACGGCCAUGCAAUCGGUCGCGCUUUCUCUGUCAUUGCUGGGAUGGGUUCUAGCCAUUACUACCACGUAUCUGCCACACUGGAAGAACCUCAACCUGGAGCUGAACGAGAUGGAAAACUGGACCAUGGGGCUCUGGAAAUCCUGCGUCAUCCAGGAGGAGGUCGGGAGGCAAUGCAAGGACUUUGACUCCUUCCUGGCCUUGCCAGCUGAACUGCAGAUCUCCAGGAUCCUGAUGUCCCUGUCCAAUGGGCUGGGGCUGCUGGGCUUGCUGGCCUCUGGCUGUGGCCUGGACUGUCUGAGGCUCGGAGAGACCCGGAAGGGUCUGAAGAGGCGACUGCUCAUCCUGGGAGGGACCCUGCUCUGGACCUCUGGUGUGAUGGUCCUGGUUCCUGUCUCCUGGGUGGCCCACAUGACAGUGCAAGAGUUCUGGGAUGAGACUGUACCUGAGAUUGUGCCCAGGUGGGAGUUCGGGGAGGCCCUGUUCCUGGGCUGGUUUGCUGGUCUCUGCCUGGUGCUUGGAGGAUGUGUGCUUCACUGUGCAGCCUGCUGGAGGCCGGCUCCUCCAGCCUCGGGCCACUAUGCAGUGGCGGGACUUGGAGACCACAGUUCAUACCUGGAAAAUGGAACUGCACAGCCUAAAGUGUAA